AUGGCGGCAACCAAUUUUUCUCUGUCAACACGCUUGUCCUUAUCUAAUGGACUCUCUAUUCCUCAUAUCCAUCUGGGUGUUUACCUCAUGUCAGGUCGGGAGGCAUCUUCAGCUGUUACAGAAGCUUUGAGCUGUGGCUAUAGAGCCGUUGACUCGGCGCAGAUGUACCGAAAUGAAAAAGACUGUGGUCAAGCCAUCCGGUCGUUCUUGAAUGACAAGUCGUUGAACACCGCUGGCUUGACGCGAGAAGACAUCUUUUUCACCUCGAAACUGGCCACCAAUACGAGCUACGAGGCGGCAAGAAAGUCAAUCUCUCAAUCUGUGAAAACCAGUGGCCUGGGUUAUAUUGAUUUAUUUCUCCUUCAUAGCCCGUAUGGAGGUAAGCAAGCUCGACUGUCGAGUUGGAGGGCCGUGGAAGAUGCUAUCAAAGAUGGCGAGGUCAAGAUUGGGGGAGUCAGCAACUUUGGAGUCAAGCAUCUGGAAGAACUUUCAGCAUCAAAACCUCGCAUCAUGCCAGCCGUGAAUCAGAUUGAAGUCCAUCCCUUCAAUACCCGGACAAAUAUUGUUGAAGCGUGCCAAAAACUUGGCAUCGUGGUCGAAGCAUAUGCGCCGCUCGCAAGGGCACUCCGCAUGAAGCACCCGACCAUACAGGCUUUAUCACAAAAGUAUAAGUGUACACCGGCUCAGCUGAUGAUUAGGUGGAGUCUACAACAUGGUUAUAUCCCACUUCCGAAAAGUGUAUCGAAAGAUCGUAUCCGAUCCAAUGGGGAUAUCGGUCACUUUGAGAUCUCGGCGGCCGACAUUCAACAGAUGGACGGUCUGGAUGAAUAUCUGGUCACAGAUUGGGAUCCGGUCGAUACCGACUAG